AUGAUGGAGGAAGCGAGGCGGCUGCACGCGCGCCUGCUCCGCCGCGGGGAGCGCCGCCUACAGCCGCUGCUGCUGCGCGUGCUCGCGACCGGGGACCUACGCUACGCCGCGCGCCUGCUCGACUCCUACCCUUCGUCGUCGUCGUCGCCCACGUCCCCGCCGUCCGCGCCGCUCCACAACCGCCUACUCCACGCACUGGCCACCGCGCGCCACCCGCUGCUGCUCCCCUGCUUCGCGCGCGCGCACCGCCUCCGCCUCCUGACCCCGCUCUCCUUCACCCUCCUCUUCUCCUCCUCCUCCACCACCCAACGGUUCGCCGCGUGCGCGCACGCGCUGCUGACCAAGUCCGGGCACGCCGCGUCGUGCGGCGACCCCUACCUCGCGUCGGCGCUCGUCGCCUCCUACGCCAGGUCCGGCCUCCUAGAGGAGUCCCGGCGGGUGUUCGACGAGCUGCCACACAGUGACGCGGCCGCGUGCAACGCGCUGCUGUCGGCGUACGCGCGCGGCGGGCGGGUGGGCGACGCGGAGGCGCUGUUCGCGGGAAUGCCCGACCGGAACGUGGUCUCCUGGACGGCGAUGGUGUCGGGGUACGCGCAGAACGGGAGGCACGAGGACGCGGUGCGCACGUUCCUGGAGAUGUGGGAGGGGGCCGGGGUGCGGCCCAAUGAGGUCACCGUCAGCAGCGUGCUGCCCGCGUGCGCCGCGGUCGGGGCCUUGGCUCUGGGGAGGAAGGUGGAGCGGUAUGUGAGGGGGAGAGGGAUGCUCAGGAACGUGUAUGUCGCGAAUGCUCUGGUCGAGAUGUAUGCCAAGUGUGGCAGCAUUCGUCGGGCUUGGAUGGUGUUUCGGGGUAUCGGGACGCGGAGGGAUCUUUGUUCUUGGAACUCGAUGAUCAUGGCGUUUGCCGUGCAUGGACUCUGGAGGGAGGCGCUGGGCUUGUUUCAUAAAUUGAGGAUGACAGGGGCUAAACCAGAUGGCAUUACAUUUGUUGGAGUCAUUUUGGCCUGUACUCAUGGAGGCUUGGUGGAUGAAGGCAAGCUGCUCUUCAACUCAAUGAGAGAGGAGUUCGGUCUGAAGCCAAGAAUCGAGCACUAUGGUUGCAUGGUUGACCUGCUGGGGCGUGCUGGUCUGCUAAAAGAAGCUGACAGUCUGAUCGCGAGCAUGCCAAUGGAGCCUGACGCCGUAAUCUGGGGAGCGUUGCUUGGAGCUUGCAGCUUCCAUGGCAAUUUGGAGCUAGCGGAACUAGCAGUGGAAAAACUAAUGCACCUGGAGCCGCAGAAUACAGCAAACCUAGUGGUCCUUUCAAAUAUAUACGCGUCACGUGGCAAAUGGGACGGUGUUGCCCAGGUAUGGAAGUUGCUAAAGGAAAAAGAUCACAAGAAAUCUGCUGGUUACAGCUUUAUUGAGUUAGAUGGUAGGAUGCACAAGUUCCUGGUUGAGGAUAAGUCGCAUCCAAGAUAUGAGAUGGUAUAUGACACCCUGGAUAGCAUCACACUGACCAUGAAGCUUGUCAACUUGGAAAAUUCAGAAGUGGAAAGCUAA